AUGAUCUCUCGUGCAGCCACCGCCGCGUUGGCGAUCGGCGCCCUGUUGGGCUGCCAGUCGGUCGAGGAGCGACUCGUCGCGUCGAACAACCGCGACUGGGUGCCCGACCAAUCGGUCUUGCCGACCGCGGAGUUCAGCCGCAGCGGCGACGUCGUCGCGAUCAAGAACGUCCGCUACUGCAAGCACCUCGACGCGGGCGAGUACGUCCUCGACUACGACGACCGCACCUACGACUUGCGACAACUGCGCGGCGUCGACUUCGUGACGAUGCCGUUCGGCCCCGUGCCGGCGCUGGCGCACACGAUGGUGAGCUUCGAGUUCGCGCCGCAGCCGCCGAAGAAGGACCCCGAGCACCUCGCCGUGAGCGUCGAGGUCCGCAAGGAGAAGGGCGAGGAGCAGUUCAACCCGGCGCUCGGCCUGGCGCAGCAGUACGAGAUCAUGUACGUCGUCGCCGACGAGCGCGACCUCUUGUACCGGCAAGCGGUCACUUACGACGGGCCGACCUACCUGUACCGCACCACCGCGUCGCCCGAGGCGGCGCGCGAGCUGCUGGUCGACAUGCUCAGCCGCGCGAACGAGCUGGCCGACAACCCCGAGUUCUACCACCUGCUCACCAACAACUGCACGACAAACAUCGCCGCGCACAUCAACCGCAUCCGGCCCAACCGGAUCGUCUACGACGCGAGCGUCCUCCUGCCCGGCUACAGCGACCAGAAGGCGUACGCCGAGGGCCUGCUGGUGACCGGCGGCGAGUCGUUCGAGCAGCUCAAGGCACGGUCAUUGAUCAACACGCGGGCUCGCUCGCCACGCGUGAACGUCGCCGAUCGCCUCGCCGCCGCGGCGGCGGAACGGCCAAACGCCACGGCUUUGGUCGAUAUGGCCGGACCAACGCGCCAAAACGGGCAACCCAUCAAGCGACUCAUGGCUGAGGGUUGCAGCCCGAUGUUCUCACUCACAUCGUUCGAGCACUUAAACAAAGAUGCCGACCUACUGGCCCGCGGCAUGGCGGCGAUGGGCAUCGGCCCCGGCAAGCGGAUCGCGCUGUUGGUGAAGCCGGGCAUCGAGUUCGUGACGCUCGUGUUCGCGCUCUUGCGGACCGGGGCGACGAUGGUGCUUGUGGACGCGGGCCUCGGGCGCAAGAACCUGGUCCGCUGCCUCGCGUCCACGGAGCCGGACGGCUUCGUCGCGAUCCCGCUCGGCCACGCGGUGCGCGUGUUGAAACGGAAGCACUUUCCGACAGCGAAGCUGAACGUCACGGUCGGCCGCCGCUGGUUCUGGAGUGGGGAGACGCUGGCGUCGCUAAGAAAGCUUGGUGAGCAAGUAUCCCCCUCCCCCACGGGGGGAGGGGCUAGGGGAGGGGGUCAGCGCACAGUUCAGGAAAACUCUUCCUGCAAUGACGGCGUUUCACCCUCCCCCAACCCCUCCCUGCAAGGGAGGGGGAUAAGCGCGCCGCUUCCGCAAACGACCGCCAUCGACCCCGCCGCGAUCGUUUUCACCUCCGGCAGCACCGGCCCGCCGAAGGGGGUCCUCUACACGCACCAGACGUUCGUCACCCAAUGCGACGAGAUCCAGCGGCAGUACGAUCUGCGGCCCGGCGCGGUCGACCUGGCGUGCUUCCCGCUGUUCGGCUUGUUCAACGUCGCGUGCGGCAUCACGACCGUGCUGCCAGAGAUGGACUUCUCGCGACCCGCUUCGUGCGACCCGAAGAAGCUGAUCGCCGCGGCGAACCAGUGGCGGGUCACGCAGGCGUUCGGCUCGCCGGCGGUGUGGGACCGCCUCAGCCGCCACUGCGAAGAGACGGGCGACUCGAUCCCGACCUUGCAGAAGGUCUUCUCCUGCGGCGCCCCCGUGCCGGCGAAGGUGCUCCGACGCACGCUCGCGUGCGUCCACCCCGACGCCGAGAUGCACACGCCCUACGGCGCGACCGAGGCGCUCCCCGUCGCGACGAUCGAAGCGAAAGAGAUCCUCGGCGAGACGGCGGCGAGAACCGACGAAGGCGCGGGGCCCUCGACGUCAGUCGGGGGAGGAACCACCAACGACUUCGACUGGCGCGUCAUCCGCAUCUCCGAUGACCCAAUCGCUUCAAUCGACGACGCCGAAGAACUCCCGCAAGGCGAGAUCGGCGAACUGAUCGUCCGCGGCCCGCAGGUCUCAACCAGGUACCUCACCGGCCAGCCGGAAGCGUCAGCGCCCGGAUCGACCGACCACAACGCCGCCGCGAAGAUCAUCGAUGACGACACGGUCUGGCACCGCAUGGGCGACGUCGGUUACUUCGACGCAGAGCAGCGAUUCUGGUACUGCGGACGCAAGUCACAACGCGUCGUGACGAGCGAAGGGCCUCUCUUCACAGAAUGCGUUGAGGGCGCGUUCAACCAUCGAUUGAACGCGAAUGCCUCGGCGUUAGUUGGCGUCAAGGUUUACGAUCAAGUGCGCUCGGUUGUUGUCUACGAUCGACGAGAGAGUUGGGGAACCCACGUCUUUUCGUGGGAGCAGGACGGCGAUAUCGCACACCAGCCACACGCCAUCCUAGACCGCAUUGAUCAGAUGAUUUGCUACCGGCAGCCGCUCCCCACCGACAUUCGCCACAACUCGAAGAUCCGCCGCGAGGAACUCGCCGCUUGGGCGGAGAAGCAGUUGCACAAGCGUGCCGAGAAAGCGGUGCGUGACGAGCUCGACAAGCUGAGCGUCGCGGAGCUAUCGCAACUAGGCGCGGCAAUGAAGCAAGACGUUAAGCUGGUUGAGCAGCGCGAUCAACCUCCCCUCUUCUCCGCCUUCCCGCUGCCGCCUUCGCCCUCCGACCGACGAACCACCCGCGAACCGCGUCCCUCCAUGCGUUGCUUAGUUACCGGCGCCGGCGGCUUCCUCGGCCGCUAUGUCUGCGAACAACUCGUCGCCCGGGGCGACGCGGUCCGCGGGCUCGCGCGUGGCGCUUACCCGGAGCUCGAAGCGAGCGGCGUCGAGAUGGUUCGCGGCGACCUGGCGGACCGCGACACGGUCGUCGCCGCUUGCGAGGGGGUCGACUGCGUCUCUCACGUCGGCGGCAAGGUUGGCGUCUGGGGGAAGUGGUUCGACUACUUCCGGGCGAACGUGCAAGGCACGCUCAACGUGCUCAGCGCCUGCCAGGAACAAGGCGUCACGCGGCUGGUCUUCACGUCGAGCCCGAGCGUCACGUUCGACGCCGCGCGCUGGGACUGCGACCAACGCGGCGUCGACGCGUCGGCGCCCUACCCGAAGGAGUGGCUCGCCCACUACCCGCACUCCAAGGCGCUCGCCGAGGACUUCGUCCUCACACAGGACGGCGCCGAGGUUGCCGGCGGGGGCGUGCUGCGGACCACGUCGCUGAGGCCGCACCUCGUGUGGGGGCCGCGCGACCAUCACCUCACGCGCCGGCUGGUCGAGCGCGCCCGGGCGGGGAAGCUCAAGCGCGUCGGCGCGGGCGAGAAUCGCGUCGACAUGGUCUACGUCGAGAACGCCGCCGAGGCACACCUGCUCGCCGCUGACGAGCUGGCGAGCCACUCGCCCCGCAACGCCGGCAAGGCGUACUUCAUCACGCAGGACGAGCCGGUCGACUGCUGGCAAUGGAUCGACGACAUCCUCGCCCUGGUGGACCUGCCGCCGGUCAACUCGUCGGUCUCCGCCCGCGCGGCCUACUACGCCGGGGCCCUGCUCGAGUUCAAGCACUGGCUCACCCGCAACUGGGCGAACGAGCCCCGCAUGACCCGCUUCGUCGCCCGCUCCCUCGCCACGGACCACUGGUUCGACAAGGAGGCUCCCGCCCACGACUUCGGCUAUCACCCGCGGGUCUCCACCGAGGAAGGCAUGCGGCGGUUGGGGGAAUGGCUCAGGAAGCGGGAAGCAGGCCGCAAAUACAAUCAUCGCUUCACUUUGCGGCGACAGCCCCAGCGGGUGUGCAGCAACCUCCCUUCCGCCUUCCCACUUCCGACUUCCCCCUUCGAAAUGCUCCGCACCCACACCUGUGGCGACCUCCGCAAGUCCGACGCCGGCUCUACCGCGACGCUCUGCGGCUGGGUCGACAGCUACCGUGACCACGGCGGCGGCCUGUUCGUCGACCUCCGCGACCGCUACGGGAUCACGCAGGUUGUCUUCAACCCGCCCGACUCGUCGCAGGCGAUCAUCGACGCGUCGAAGGAACUCCGCGCGGAGUACGUCAUCCAGGUGACCGGCAACGUCUCGCCGCGGCCCGAAGGGCAGAGCAACCCGAAGCUCGACACGGGCGAGAUCGAGCUCUGUGUCACCGAGCUUAAGCUGCUCAACAAGGCGAAGACGCCGCCCGUGUCGCCCAGCGAGUCGGUCACCGAGCUGCCUGGCGAGGACCUGCGUCUCAAGCACCGCUACCUCGACCUGCGUCGCCCGGCGAUGCAGCGGGCGAUGCUGCUCCGCGACAAGCUCACCAAGCGGAUGCGCGACUACUUCGAGGAACACCAGUUCGUCGACGUCGAGACGCCGAUCCUCGGCCGCAGCACGCCGGAGGGCGCGCGGGACUACCUGGUGCCGUCACGCGUGCACCACGGCAACUUUUACGCGCUGCCGCAGUCGCCGCAGCUCUACAAGCAGAUCCUGAUGAUCGCCGGCUACGACCGGUAUGUGCAGGUCGCCCGCUGCUUCCGCGACGAAGACCUCCGCGCCGAUCGGCAGCCGGAGUUCACGCAGCUCGACCUCGAGAUGGCGUUCAUCGACGACGACGACAUCAUGACGAUGAUCGACGGCCUCGUGGCGAAGCUCGCCAAGGAGAUCCUCGACAUCGACGUCGAGCUGCCGCUGCCGCGGAUGACGUACGACGAGGCGAUGACCCGCUUCGGUCACGACGCGCCCGACCUGCGUUUCGCUCUGGAGAUCGUCGACCUUACCGACCUCGCCCCGAAGAGCGACUUUGGUGUCUUCAAGUCGGUCGUCGAGGCGGGCGGCCACGUCCGCGCGCUCUGCGUCCCCGGCGGCAGCGAGCACUACAGCCGCCGCGGCAUCGACGCGCUAACGGAGUUCGUCAAAGGCCUCGGCGCAAAGGGCCUCGCCUGGUUCCGCGUCGAAGACGUCGAUGGAAAACCGACGCUCAACAGCAACAUCGCCAAGUUCUUCCCCGAAGAGCUCCGCGCGGAGAUGGCGGAGCGCCUCGGCGCGAAGACGGGCGAUCUCGUCCUCUUCUCCGCCGCCGACUGGCUCAGCACCUGCAAGGUGCUGCACGGCCUGCGGACGAAGAUCGGCGCCGAGAUGAAGCUGUACGACGAGAAGGCGAUGAACUUCUCGUGGGUCGUCGAGUUCCCGAUGUUCGAGCGGACCGAGGACGCGGACAACCCGCAGGCCGAGGGCGCCUGGUCGGCGAUGCACCACCCGUUCACCGCGCCGCUGGACGACCACGUGCAGUACCUCGACAGCGACCCGGCCAAGUGUCGCGCGAAGGCGUACGAUCUGGUGAUCAACGGCAGCGAAGCGGGCGGCGGCACCAUCCGGAUCCACGACGCGGAGGUGCAGGCCAAGGUCUUCUCGCUCCUCGGGAUCGACGAGGAGACCGCCGCCGACCGGUUCGGCUUCUUGCUCGAGGCGCUCGCCUACGGCGCCCCGCCGCACGGCGGCAUCGCGCUGGGCCUCGACCGUUUCGUGAUGCUGUUCGGCGGCUUCGACAACAUCCGCGACGUGAUCGCGUUCCCGAAGACGCAGAAGGCGACCGACCUGAUGACCGAAGCCCCUGGCGCGGUCGACACGAAGCAGCUCAAAGAGCUGGCGGUGAAGGUGGAUAUGUCCGGCCAUGACGGUCCGCCCCGUUUCAAGUAUCGAUCGAUGACCUCAGACGAGUCACGAGCCGAGAUCAAGCGUCUCCUUGAGAUGUACGCCGGUGUUACGUCGGCCGGUGUGUUUCGGAGCGAGAACGUCGUCAAUGUCUACUUUCGGUGUUGCGACUUCGCGUCGCUGAUGGCGAUCGCCGAGUGCGCCGCGUGGUCGAACUUGACCAUUCGCGUGUGCGGCAUCAGUCAUCCGCUCUGCUAUGAAGAUGAAGGCGUAACAGAUUGUCAGUUCAUGAUGGCAGCGCCGGACUCGCAAACCACUGAUGAUCAGCAUUCGGACGCGGCGAUAUUCUUUGGGAUCUACUUGACUCGUGACCUUGAAGCGCGGGCGAUUCUCUCGAAGGCUGACGCGGUUCGGCUGCAUCGCAUGUGGAACGCAGCAGUUCCUUGGGAGGCAGACGAGUAG